AUGUCCGACUCGCAACCAAGGAUAGCCUUUGCACGAUACCGUCCGCUCUUUUAUCUUCUCUCCGGAGUUGCUGCGGCGUAUGCUCUCGUAUAUAUUCGGAACAACCUCUUCUCCUCAUCAUCCUCACAGUCACCCAUCCGCCGCCAAAAAGCCGUUCGUCGUCGCAGAAGGACUGGAAUCGACGAGAGUGCACCUGUCGACACGCCUUCGUUCCGAGCCAUCGCCCAUUUGGAGCAAUUGGAGCGUCAAAAUGGAGUGUACGGGACCUUUCGCAUAGAGACUGAAGAUGGCCGGCGUGUUGAGAGUGGGCUGCUUCCGUCGCUCCUUGCGACGCGGGAUCAGCUCAUGGAGGAGGUCGGCGUCCCCGAAGCCCACGCCGAGCGGAUGCGCGAGAUGAUGGAGGACACAUUCCUAGAAUCGUUUUUCGCUCUGGAUUUUCCGUCCACGCAUAUAAUAGAGACCGAAAGUCGGGAGAGGGAAUACUUGAUGGAGCAGCUCCAGCGACGUGGUAUUUCCCGGUCAGGAAUCGAGAGGGCAGUCGCAAGGUUCAACGCGGACAAUAACUAUGGAGAAGACCUCCGCCGUCGACGACAGAAUGGAGAAAGAGUUACUCUGUCGACUUCGAAUUUCCCGGAUGAACCUCCGCAGACACAUGUUAUGGACGGUGGAGAGACUGUCGUCGACGACCAGAGUGUAUUCUCGUGGAGAGAGGGCGGCAACGACAAUAUGCAGGCACCUGAAGGCCAGAACCUGCUGAACCUUCUCUAUCACAUUGCAGAGGACCAAGCAAGAAAGGAUGGAUACAUUCAUCGUGGUGUCACCUGCAAUAGCUGUGGAGCUAUGCCCAUCCAAGGGAUCCGCUACAGAUGCGCCAACUGCAUCGACUACGAUCUUUGUGAGACUUGUGAGGCAAUGGGAGUACACAUCAAGACACAUCUUUUCUACAAGGUCCGAAUACCCGCUCCGUUCCUAGGCAAUCCUCGGCAGUCCCAACCUGUAUGGUAUCCCGGAAAGCCUUCGAUGCUUCCACGGAAUCUACCGCGCUCGCUAGCAAAACGCAUGAUGAAGGAUACUAGCUUCGAAGGAACUGAACUAGAAGCUCUCUGGGACCAGUUUCGGUGUUUGGCGAACCGUGAGUGGGCGGAGGAUCCGAAUAAAUUGGGCAUGGCAAUUGAUCGAAAGACAUUUGACCGCUGCUUUGUACCCAAUACAUCCGUCCGCCCUCCACCUCCGAGCUUGAUUUACGAUCGUAUGUUUGCAUUUUACGACACAAAUAAUGACGGGCUCAUCGGGUUCGAGGAGUUCCUGAAAGGUCUCGCUAGUUUGAACAAUAAGAGCCAAGAUGAGAGACUACGUCGCGUCUUCCGCGGUUAUGAUAUUGAUGGAGACGGCUUUGUCGAACGAAAAGACUUCUUACGGGUUUUCCGGGCGUACUAUACCCUCAGCCGAGAGCUUACUCGAGAUAUGGUUGCGGGUAUGGAGGAUGACUUUCUUGAAGGUUGCACACGCGAUGUUGUGCUUGGAAGUCAACCAAUUAGCUCCGCUUUCCCCGGAAACAUCCCUUCAGGUGAAGCUUCAAGGCCGGGAGAAGGCAAGCGCGUUAACCAAGAGGGCGAUAUGGAGAUUGUGGAUAACGAGGGCGUGCUUCGUCCCGAUGGUGUUGAUAGUGGAAAUCGACAUUCUGUCGUUGGCGAAGCUGCAGUUCGGCGCCAAUUUGGUAGAUCACAACCUUUGUUGCCCGUACGUUUUGGCACGUCUGGGUCUAGUGCGGCAGAAGCAUCUGGUAGUCGGAUAAGAUCAAGUGCUAGAGACGAUCAUGAUGACGACUCGGAUGAUCAUGAUGACCAUGAUGACCAUGAUGACGAGUCAGACAGCUCUUCGGCUGUAAGCGAUCGCUGGCCGCCAGCAGAGCAUAUUCAAGAAGAAGACAUCGUGAAUGCGUUGGGGUCGUACGUGCCUAUUGAGGACAUCACGGAUCCGGACGACAGAGCUCGCAUCGGAACAGCCGUGUAUAACCGAAUGUGCGAUAGCGAUCGAAGACGCGUUGACUCGACUAGGAGGCAGGGAAUUGAUGAGCGGUGGCGUCGAAGGGCUUUCUACACGGACGAAGAGGAUGGUGGAACUGCACCUCCUGGUUACAAGACGGACUCCGAUGCCGAAGAAGAUGAAGAUGUUGAUGUGCCAAUGCCAGACUACGAAUCACAACCGCCCUCGCCACGUUCUCGGUCAUCGUCUAAGGUGCGUUUCCAAGAUGAUCUGACCGAUGCCGACGACGACUAUGAGGAUGUUAGGUCUAACCCAUCAACCUCCUCGCGGAGUAUUUUGGUCGGCGAGAGAUGGGGUGGAUUUGAAGUGCCGGAAGUCGAGAGAGAUGUUGGCAAGGAAAUUUUGUACCAGGUCACCCAACAAGGAUUCAAUGAAAUUCUUGACAUCAUGUUCAAGCCGAAAGAGGAUCUGCUCAUGGAGUGUUACCGGACCCGCACUGAGCGGAAACUUUGGGCCCGCGAGAUUGAGCAAGUUGAACAAACGGAAGCCGCGAGCGCGAACCGAGGCGACACACAGUCAACCACCGAUGACCAUGACGGUGGUUUAGACCUGUCUCAGUACCGAGAGAGACCUCUGGAUGAGCUCCUCGGUCGAGCUGGAUACUCCCUCAGCAAUUCUGCCACUGAGUCUGGUGAAGAUGGGCCUGGCCCCGAACUGCGUGAAGAGCUCAGACUGCCUAUUCAUGACCAUGAAAACACCGAUGCAGAGGACAACGAUAGCGUCCGACCAACCCACCUUGCAAAUCCUGAAGAAACUGACGCGGUGGAACCGUCCGCUUCCCACUCCUCGCACUCGUUAAUAGAACCACAGGACAACUUGGUUCUCUCACCAACUCCGGGCCCUCGAACUCUCCCAGGCAUGGAUGAGGCCACUCAUCCCGACCUCGAGCUGGAUCCCGACUACGACCCUACCCUCCCCCAUCACCGCCCUAAUGACGAAAGUGUUCUGCUCACUACCCUUCCACCUUCCCUCCUCCUUCGCCCUAACGGCGCAACAUCCACCUUCCCUGCACCACCUUCGCUCUCCCCCUCCUCCCCAGAAGCUGAAGCCACAGCACCAAAACGCGCGCCCUCACCAAUCCAACCCCUUCCCCCAACAUCGCCAGCCCGUUCUCCAUCUGCCUCCUCCCUGCUACGAAAACGUCAAGGACCAACGAAUCCACCGCCACGCGCCACCCUCUCACGUUGGGCAUACCUCAACCGUGUUGAACAAGAAUCAAAGGAGCGCGGUGGUGCAGGCGCGAAAUUGAAUUUUGAGGAGUUUUCGAAGCGUAUGGCUGCUGAUCGCGGAAGGAAGCUGGCGUUUGUGGCCAAUUGGAUUGAGAUGGCUAGUUUCUAA